AUUUAAAUGUCUGAAACGAGGUAACCAAUGGACACUAAGUGGGGUAAAACUGUAAAAACAAAAAUACAAAAAUUACUAAAUGCUUAUUAAAUCACUUUAAUCAAGUCAAUUUCAAACACAUUAAAAACACUGAAUACCUGCAUCGCAAAAACUCUGAAGUCAAAGUUGAUGAAGUAGAUUUGGUGCAGCCCUACCAAAUAAAAACAAUAUAAAAACUAAAAACAUAAAAUUCAAUCUGAUUAAAAGAGACAAAUGUAUAAAGCCACCCUGCGGCAUCGAACAACCGCACGCCCAGGUGGAGCCACGCUGCCACCGGAACACCAUAAAUAAAAACACCACAAACUUAUUAAAGAGAAUCACUUUAAAACGGUUUUCCUCCAAACAGCGUGGGCCCAACACACACCUGGUCUCACAGGAAAUUAACACUUUACAGCUUCCCUUUUAUGGAGGCUCGGGCUGUGCAGAGUGCGCCACCUGGUGGUGGCUCCGCCUGCUGCACUCGAUUUCAACAUUUCAGUUUUGACAACGUAGGUUGGGAUAUUUUAAACCUCCUGAGUUUUGACUGGACUUUUAUCUUUGGUAAAUAUGAAGGAUUUUCCAUUAACUUUCCCGCUUUUGUUCCCUGAAACAUUUGUAUUUGUUCACAUACCUUCGCGCUGAGUUUACAGCCAUUAAGCCGAUUAACCUCCCACUCAAUGCAGCACAAAAGAAGAAAAAUACCCGCAGUUACCCGAGCUGGAGAUAAGGAUUAUUAAGAGUUUCUGUUUCCUGAAAACACUCAGAAUUACUUUUAAUUAAUGUAACAACUGAGGAGCAAAGAGAUCAGAUCACAAAAACUUUGUUUUAAAUAUAAAUAAAUACUUAGAGUUUUGGUUUGAGAUGUUAAAAGGUGAACUGGAUGGUUAAAAACACGCCCUCCAUGCUUUAUUAACUCUUUUCCAGCUAAAGUCAACAGUAACUCAGCAGAUUGUUUGUCUGCGUUUCUCCUCCCUCCUUCAUCGCUCUUAUAAAGUGAAGUUCAGAUUUUCCUGCAUCGUCUUUUCUGCUCCCGUUUUCCCGCUUCCUGUUCGUCGUCAUGACGUUCGUCUCUCCUCCAGGCUACCAGCCCGUCUACAACCCUAGCAUUCCUUACCUCGGCCCCAUUCAUGGCGCCGUACGGGACGGAGUGUCCAUCUACAUCCAGGGAUCGGUUCCUGAACACAUCACCAGGUUUCUGAUCAACCUUCUGUGUGGAGAGUCGGACUCCAGUGAUGUCGCCCUGCACUUCAACCCUCGAUUCGACGGCCGGGACAAAGUGGUUUUCAACAGCCGUAAAGAUGGAUCCUGGAUGUCGGAGGAGAAGAUCCGCAGGAUGCCUUUCUCCAAGGGCGAGCCCUUCGAGUUGGUCAUCAUGAUCACUUCCAAGGGAUUCCAGAUUAAUGUCAAUGGGAAGGACUUCUUCCUGUUCCCUCACCGCCUCCCUAUGGAGCGGAUCCGGGCCAUCCAGGUCUCCGGAGACGUUACCAUCCAAACCAUUAACAUCAUUGGGGGUGCAGGUGGCAGCGGCGGCGGCGGCGGAGCGCUUCCUGGAGGAACCGGAGGAGGAUAUCCAGGAUGCACCAUGGGGGCUGGAUAUCCUGAUGGCAUGGGUGGAGGAAUGGGACAGGGAGGAUAUCCAGGAGACCACAUGGGGGGUGGAUGUCCUGGUGGAUACCCAGGAAGCAACAUGGGGGGAGGUUUUCCAGGAUCCCACUUGCCGGGAAUGGGAGGGCAGCCGGUCUACAACCCAGCUGUGCCGUUCGGCGCCCCGAUCCCAGGAGGGAUGAACCCCAAGAGGACCAUCAUCAUCCGGGGCCUGGUGCCCUACGGGGCCACAAGGAUGGGCUUCAACCUGGUGGUGAGCAGAACCCAGGACAUCGCCUUCCACCUGAACCCCAGAGUGAAGGAGGGCGUCGUGGUGCGAAACACCCGGACUGGAGGGAAGUGGGGCAAAGAGGAGCGAGAGCUCAGCGGGUCGCCCUUCACAGAGGGGCAGUACUUCGACAUGUCGAUUCGCUGCGGCAACCAGAAGUUUAAGGCCUUUGUGAACGGGCAGCACCUGUUGGACUUCUUCCACCGAACGAACUUCAGGGAGAUCGACAAACUGGAGAUAGACGGAGACGUUCAGAUCUCCUACGUCCACUUCUGAUUCGCUGCUUCCUUUUGUGCAACUUUCAGUUUUUGCAUCAGUUGUUUGCAUUGAUAAAAGCUCAGGAAGAAAAUGUGCUUUUGAAUUUAUUCAUUUCUUAUGCAAAAACAUUGUAAAAAAACAAAAAAAACAACAAAACAUCGGCAGUGACAAAAUCAAAGUAGUUAUUGUACAAAAAUCCUUAGAAAUGUAAAAACACCAGCAGAAACAUUCAGCAAAAUGCAAAAUACUGGCUCUUUGAAGGCACUUGGGAAGGUUGUGAAAGGCUGAUGAGGAAGAAGAAAAAAAUGCUCCAUGUACACAGGAAACAGGAAGUGAAUCUCAGUUUCAGCACCUUUUUUUUUCUAAAAGUCCCACUGAUUAAACAGUACCAAUGUUUUACAAAAACAAACCAAGAAAAGGGAAAUGAAGUAGUUUUUCAAAACAUUCUGUAACUGUACACGGUUUUAAAAGUACCUUUGAUGCUCACAGAGAAGCACAGCGCGAUUUCAGCAAAAUCUAAUCUGAAGACUUAAUACAGGACUAGAGAGAAA